GAUAAUAUGAAUUUUCGGCUUUACCAUAAAUUGUCUCGCUUGAGGUGUAGACAGUAGGCAGAUACGGUAAUUGUAAGAAUGUUCAGAAAUUAAACAUAGAAUUGGGACCAAAUAUUUUAACAGAUUUCAUUCGAAAGAUUUCAAAACCUUUAUUUUUUGUUUUAAUUAAUUGUCUUUACGUUGUCCCACUUCAUGGUGAAAUUUUAGUGAAAAGAAAGAAAAAUAAUUGGUCCGAAAGAUUAGGCUGUUAUUAUUUACAGUUUUUUGUACCGCACAAUAAUUAUUGUUUAGUGCCUUCUGGAGAAAGUUAUUAGAAUACGUUGAAGCGUUGCGUAGUAUCUCUGAUAACAACUUACACACACAUGGUGGGCAAUACGAAUUAUAUACAAAACACGGAAAUAAGAGUGUUUAAGUAACAGCAAUGAGUACCGGGAACGAAUGCUUUCUGUAUUCUGAAGAUAAUCUCCACGAUCCUAUUUCCUUACGUCAAGGCGAAGAGGUUAUCUUAGGAAGAGGGCCUCUGACAAGAAUUACGGACACUAGAUGCUCCAGAAAUCAAGGUGCUGGAUGUCAGUUUGGGGAACAGAGUUCCAUGCCUGUUGCACUUGUAUGCCUCCUAGCAGACAGUUCAUCAAAAGAAGUGAAAGUAAAACAGUUGGGUAGUAAUAAUUCAGCUGUUAAUGGACUAGCGCUGAAGAAGAAUGAAACAUAUACAUUGAAAGAAGGGGAUGUACUGGAAUUCCUGCUUGGCCAGUAUGCACACACAGUCAGAUUUUGUGCUAAAAGUGGUGACAGUGUUUCACUGCAUAAAGGAAUUAAAAGGGCUGCAGAACAUCCCUGCCAGCCAGCAAAAAGAUUGUGUGAGGACUUUUAUACAAGCCAAAGAGUGAAUGAUUUGAAGGAUGCAAUAUCAACUGAAGUGACACCAUGUUCUGAGGACAAAUGGGAAUAUAUAGAUAAUAAUAAACUUAUAAUUCUUACAAGUAAAGGAUGUAAAGGCAGUUCAAAGAUAGCUGGUUAUGAUGUAGAUGGAACUAUUAUCCUCACAAAAUCUGGUCGUGUCUUCCCAAAAGACAAUGAUGACUGGAAAAUAUCAUUCAUUGAGGUGCCUGGAAAACUGAAACAUUUGUGGAGUUCUGGCUUUAAAAUAGUAUUUUUCACAAAUCAGGCUGGAAUUUCUAAGGGGAAAGUGAAAAUUGAAGAUUUCAAAAGUAAAAUUAGAAACAUUAUUUCAAGGCUUGGUGUUCCAGUGCAAGUUUUUAUAUCAACUGGGAAAGGUAUCUACAGAAAGCCAGCACCUGGCAUGUGGAAUGUUUUAGUCGAAAAGAAAAAUGAUGGUGUAGCUAUAGACAAGACUGCAUCUUUUUACUGUGGAGAUGCAGCUGGCAGGGAUGCAAAUUGGGCACCAAAAAAGAAGAAAGACUUUUCCUGUUCUGAUCGCCUGUUUGCUCUAAAUAUAGGAUUAAAAUUUUACACUCCAGAAGAACAUUUUCUUGGUUAUAAAGCUGCUCAGUUCAAUCUUCCAGAAUUCAAUCCGUCUGCCUUGAUGCAAGAUAAGCCACUCUGCGAACCAGCAGGAACAAAACUGUGUACAGAUGAGCUAGAGGCUGUAAUUCUGGUUGGUGGUCCAGGCUCUGGAAAAAGUUUUUUUGCAAAAACACAUUUGGUACCAAAAGGAUAUGUGCAUGUAAAUAGAGACACUUUGGGAUCUUGGCAGAAAUGUGUCUCUUCAAUGGAAGAUGCCCUAAAGAAAGGCAAACGUGUUGUCAUUGACAAUACAAAUCCAGACAAAGAAUCAAGGAAAAGGUAUAUAGAAGCAGCUAAAAAAUAUGGUGUUAAAUGUCGCUGCUUUAUUCUUGCAACAUCUGUGGAGAAUUCUAGACACAAUAAUAAGUUUCGUGAACUGACUGAUGAUUCUCAUGAGCCCAUUAGUGAAGCAAUUAUAAAUAUGUUCAGGGCAAAAUAUGAGGAACCAACUACUGAGGAAGGAUUUUCUACUAUUGUGAAAGUGAAUUUUGUUCCUGUCUUUACAGACCCAGAACUAGAGAAGUUUUAUAAGAUGUACUUAUUAGAAAAAUAAAUACAAAGCUUUUUAUCAUUUUUAAGCUCAUAAAUCAGCUAGUGAUGCUAUAUUGCAAUCAGUUAAUGCCUGAAAAAAUGAAAUGUAUUGAAAUGAACUACCUCUUGAUAAUUAAAGUAGCUUUGUGUUAAUUUUCUUUGUAGUGCUACUCCAUCAGGUUCACUUCAUAAUUUCAGCCACUUAUCCAUCAAAUAGCUAUAUUACCCUUCUUUACAUUCUCCUUAAGCAAUGUGUUGUAUUCUUG